UCUCAGUUUUUUCGUUUUGUUGUUUCAUCAUCAAGCCGAGAUGCCGGAAGCACUUGGCGACACCUGCGCUGCCACCGCCACCGCCACCGCCGAGUCUGUCGAUCGCAAAGCAGCACGCGUCACUUUGCGCUCGAUGGAAGGGCUGGACGUGUCGCUGGGCAUCCACUGGGUCACACGUGAGCGCGUCGAGCGGCUGUUUGUGAUGCAACAACACGCCACGCUGCUCAACACUGAGACACUCGAGAUUGUGCCGUUGGACGAAAAUGCACCAGCCAAGCUCAAAGCUCGUCAAUGCUACAUGGUCGUUGCUGAAGCGGAUACAAUCCUGACAGACGAGGAGCGCAACGCCAGUGACAACGAUGAGGAGGACUCGAAACCUGUGGAGCGUCGGGCUAUUGAUCCGGCCAAAAUCAACACCAUGCAGAUCGAAAAGUUGGCCAUGAUUACCGAGCUGUACAAACCACUGCAUUCUGAACUCUAUGAUCUCAACGACCCGGCCUCAAUGUUGGAACCAGUGUUUCUUGAAGCGGUCGAAAGCAUCCAAGCUCAGACUGAAAGCGGCGUUGCGGCGGAAAUCAGCAGUCUUCCGGCCUCGUUCUUGACUUGCUUAUCUGAAGCGACCCGGCUCUACCAGUUUGCAAUGCUGCGACGCGAGUGGUGCCUAAAACUGGUGGAAGAACUGCAACAUUUCGAGAAAUCGGGCAUGCCCCUUGCUCGGCCAAAUAGCAUGAACAACUAUGGCACCAUUCUCAACGAUAUCGGAUUUCUUCCCAUGUUGAAUGAGCUUCUUGCGUAUCAUCUCAACCCACUGUGCAAGCUUCUUUAUCCCGCCUGGGACGAGGGUGGUGGUUUGGAUCAUCACCACACGUUUGUGGUUCAAUACCGCAUGGCAGAGGACCGCGAGCUCAAAUUUCACUUUGACGACGCAGAGGUCACGCUGAAUGUGUGCUUGGGCACUGAAUUCACAGGCGGAGCCCUCUACUUUGGAGGUCUGUUUGAUGCGCCUGAGACGCACGAUGAAAGCCUGGCUGUUCAACACCAACUAGGUCGCGCCACUCUGCACUUGGGCAAGCAUCGCCACGCAGCGAAACCCAUCACCUCGGGCGAACGCUAUAACAUGAUUAUGUGGAUGCGUAACUUUUGCAAACGAUACCACACUCAUUCGGAAGCAGAACGAGACGAAGACCAGCACCACCACGGACACAGCCACGAGCAUGGACAUGGGCAUGGUCACUCUCAUUAAUUUGGAUCCGAGCGAUCGCUUAAACCUUCAAAAUGAUGAAAAGUUUUGGGAUUGUUUAUACUUUUUUUUUUUUGUACACCAACAAACAACAAUAUGCUAACAUUACAUCCAUCAGCCAA